ACACUUUUCAUUCCGAAACGACGCGAGAGCAGCAGCAGCGUGUUGUGUUGAGUUGGUGAAUGGGAAAAAAUACCAAUUUCUGAAAUUCAUCAAGCAAUACUAUUUAAUCCGUAACCCAACAAAAAACAGAAAAAAACAUACAAACGUGCAAGUGAUAAUGAUUGGAAGCAUUACGCGGUAGGUGGUGUAGCAGUGAGCUAGCAAAAGAACAUCUUUCCUUGAGCACAGUUUUCCCUUGGUGAGGUGAGGGCGUGAGAAAAAGAACAAGAGGCAAACAAAAAGAAGAAGAAGACAAAAAACAGCGCUCACAGAGCGCUAGAGAAAAUCGUGGUUCCGUUUCUCAAUCUCAAAUAAGUGUGUAUUGUUUGUGUGCGCUCUCGUCGUCGCUAAAGUGGGGCAGCCUCAUCCUCACACCCGUGUACGGAGACUGGCCCCGACUGUUGGAGGUUUUCUUGUUUUGCUUCUUCUUUUUUCUCGCCGUCCCCUGCCUCGCCGUGAUUCAAUCAAACAACGACGAACAGGUCCUCCUUUGUGUGCGCUUUUGGGGCCGCUAAAAAUAUAGCGCACUUUCGGUGAAAAUUGUCGUGUGUGCGGGUUUGCUUCGCAAUUGAUCGGAACCGGCUACGGAACCGAAAACAAACCCGGAAGAAACACCCGGAAGGUAGCAAGCAGCAGCAGUAGCAGCAGCAGCAGCAGCACAUCUGAACCAGCUGGCCUCGACGAGAUCGAGCAAGACGGCGGCGCGCAGCAGUGUCAAGUGUACAUUGGGCAAAACGCGCUCCACACCACCAAGUUAGAACGCAGAACGAUCGCAUAUCGUAGAGUUCAACCUUCGCGGGUGGUAAAGUUGAUCAAGCAGCAGCACCCACCACCAGGUCGAACUGACGGAUGCAUUGCUGCUGCAUUUGUGCAUUAUCCUUGAACUGAUCGGACAUCAUCAUUAGUUGUUGCUGCAGCAGUUCUGCCUUGUUCAGAGCUAUUUUUAAUGUCACACCGAAAGUGAAAAGUGAGAAUUCGAGCUGCCUUGUUUUUAGUGCAUCGGUUAAUCUUCUAGCCACGGUUUUUAUAUGCUGAUAUGAUCCGAUAAAGAUUUAUGGUUGUGUGAAGUGAGCCAGUGAAACGGUAAAUUCCAACUCUGAUUGUCUGCUGGUCUGGGGGGGGAAUCGUUCGCAACACGGAAAGUUUUCUUCAAAUCGAGUGAAAUCGUUCUACCAGCUAAAGGAAGAGGAAUGACAUUGUUGGUAAAGGUAAACUAAACCGUGUGCGUGUGCGUAUUGUGUGCGACUCCGAGUGAGGAUUGUGUUCACACAAAGUGCCGAAGGUGUUUGCGUCCGGGAAGCGCGAUACACUUAUGAAAAAAUUGCUCAUUAGGUUGUGCGUGUGAUAAAUAUUGCAAAUAAUAGUAAGCAUGAUGUCAGCGUUAAGUCAUCAAGUGAAUAUGAAUAACUUUUUAUCGCUGCUGGUGGGUGCCUCCCUAGUGGCGGCCAAUUCAUCUCCGAGCCACGAUAUAGCGUCUCUGUCGCAGCCGACAGAGUUCAGCAAUGGCGUGUCGUCCUUUGCCCUGCCGGCCGAAGAGCGCAUGGCCAUCGAGAGCUUCACGAUGGCUGUCCUCAACUACAGCUACAUUGGGGCCGAUGGCCACCUGGUGGAGCUCGGUGGCAACGAGAGUGCCAAAUAUGGCGAAGGGCGAAUCCUGCAUCGCAGUGGUAUUUUGGUGCAUGUUAGUAGCAGUGUCAAUCGUUCGGACCACACCGGGUGUUACAAACACUGGAGCGGCACACUCGGAGAUCCAAUCCCGGAGCGCAACACGCCCUGGAUUGCGCUCGUACGGCGCGGCGGUUGUAACUUUGAGGACAAAGUCAAACAUGGAUACGAGCACGGUGCAGCGGGCGUCAUUAUCUACAACGACAAAGACGAUACCAAGCUAGAUAAAAUGAAGAUCAACGAUAAAGAGCGUAAUAUUACUGCAGUUUUCACCACCAAAGGUAUCGGGCUUCUGCUGAUCGAUCUGCUAGAAACACAAAAGUAUGAGGUGCAAAUGGAGAUCAUCGAAGGUUCUCGCCAAUUUCGUACCAUAGGAAACAUAAAUCGAACGUCGGUCCUGUUUGUGUCAAUUUCGUUCAUUGUGCUGAUGAUCAUUUCUCUGGUGUGGUUGGUAUUCUACUACGUUCAGCGAUUCAGAUAUCUGCAAACCAAAGACAAACAAUCAAAACGACUCUGCAGCGUUGCAAAACGUAUAAUAGCCAAAAUUCCAACAAAAAGUAUUAAGUCAGAUGACAAGGAAAUCGAUAAUGAUUGCUGUGCCAUCUGCAUCGAACCGUAUAAAGUAACUGAUGUCAUACGUGUUCUGCCGUGCAAGCACGAGUUCCAUAAGGUCUGCAUAGAUCCUUGGCUACUUGAGCACCGUACCUGCCCAAUGUGCAAGAUGGACAUUCUCAAGCAUUAUGGCUUUGUGUUUACGGGUAGUCAGGAAAGUAUUCUUCAGCUAGACAUGGACAUGGAGGAAGGCGAUCUUAUUGACGACAGAAGCAGCACCGAUGGGGGGUAUCAAAGACGGAACAGCGUCAGCCCUCUGCCACAAAUACGAGCUUCGAAUGAAAAUCAGAUGUCACGCAGUUCCUCCGAUUCGGACUCGGAACAGGAGCAUGAAGGCUGCGUUACUCCGGAAUCGUCGGGACGGCGUUCGGCACAGGGCCGGAGCAAGCGCGACAGUCAACGACAGCAUGAAAAGUCCCAACAGGACGGUGACAUUUGUGUCGGAUGUCUCGCUGCGGCCUUGAAUAAGAAGCAGAAGAGCAACGAAAAUAGUGCUGAGCAAGAGGAUGGGGACAGUGACUCUUAUGCCACUGAAGCAAACGGAUCCAAAAGCCUUCCAGCAACGUUGAAGAAAUACAAGGGAAACCAUUCGACCGGAUCGUGCCGUGGAAUGAAUCCACCGGACCAUUAUCACGCGUAUCCCUACACCGAUAACCGUAGCGGUCGAGUUUACCAGAACCAAAAUCAGCCGCAAAACGUUGGGCCCGACGAUACUGGUGCGCAGCAGUCGUCAAAUCUUCCAUUCAAAUUUUACAAAACCGAAUGCGGACAGCCGCGCAAGGUGCGGACCCCGCUCCGCAAUUUAAUUCCUCAAUCGAUUUCAGCACCCUGUGAUAGUGACAGCUCAUUGCGCGUAUGCAUGCACGGUGGCCUUGAGCAGAUUUUUACGGAAGCUUCCACUUCCAAGGCGAAUGCCGAAUCCGGUGGGGAACCGGCCGAGGCCCACAUCAUGCAGCACCCGGUCGAUGCUAAGCGACGAUGCUCGCUGUCACGCAAUUCCUCCAGCUCGUCGACCGAUCGGAAGGAUGUGGUAACGUGCGAAGAUCUGAAAAUUGCCAUCGAUUACUCCAACGAAGAGGACGUGUCGGACGAGACGGAACCGAACAGUGAUAACGAUCUGAUCAUCAGGCGAUCGGAACGGGGCCGCGACGAGAGAGAAACGCGGAAAAAGUGAUUAAAUCGAUGGUACCGGUACAGAAGACCGUCAGGUAAUUCAUGGCACGAUGAUAGAUAAUGAUCGCUUUCCUACUUCCACCCAAGUAAUAUGGUUGAUGAUGAAUCGAAAUACGUUAUGUGAUAGAGUGAGACUGUACAGACGUAGGGCAUAUGUAAGUCAGUUUCUGGUGAGCAGCAGAAGAUAGCACGUGUGUUUGUGGGGACUUUCCCCUGCAGAAACAGGGAACGGUUUCUGCACUCGGAAGUAGGUGGACUUAAAGAGAUAAAUUAUCCCUCCUAUGGAAUCCUCCUACGGAACGAGCAGAGCUUUCAGCAUAGAGAAUAGUUCAUGGCACUCUAAACAACUACUACCAGCAAAACGGGCAUUCCUAAUAGGAGAGAACAUUUGUACGGCACCUAAUGUUUUAAUCUCGUUCUUCGAUAGCAUACCACCAAAACAACUACCAAGACGUUACACGUUGUUCUGGAACCGGGAACUCCGAUAGUAGUGACGAAAAUUUAACAAAAUACCGUAGACAAUUGUAGCAGACAGGUUCUAGAAAUAUCUGAGACACUGGCGAUCGGUUAAAAACCACCGUCGGUGCAACAUAUUGGAAACUAUUCCGCUAUUAAACACUCUUUCCACAUCCAAUUCCAAAUGCAAAUUGAAUGAUAGAUUUUUUUCGGUUCUUAGAUAGGACGAAUACGGCAGUUAGUCAUUUACCGAAUUAAACUCGUAGCGUUAAAGCAAUGAACCAUUAGUAGCAGAAAGGGACUGACACUUGAUCAGACACGAUGAUGGUAAACGCGAUCGGUUUAUGUGGAGUGUGUGUUUGUGUGCGUAAAUCCAGCGCCAUUUGGAAAUACUGAUACGUAUUGGGUUUGGCUUUCAUUUGUGAAUUGCAUUACAACUACUAGGCUCUGGUAGCAGCAGCAGCAGCAGCAGCAGCAAGGAUGUGAGAUGGCUUAAACAUGUUUCGUCAAUUUACUCGACUAAGGAAACCAUAGCCAUUAGCCGUUACUAGAAAUUUGGCUUUGACAUUGGGCUACCGAUAGUGUGCUGAUAGGAUAUUGAAAUGAAAAUAAAAUAACUUACCAGGCGCCGACCAUAACGCUGUUAGUUGCAGAAGAGCA